UCAGAGAAUAAGUUUGGUGGGAGAAAUUUGAAAAUAUGUAUUGCUUUCUGACUAAAUAAUUUGAUUUGUAACAAUUCAAAAUCUUCGUCUAUACUCAUUUUUCUGAAAAAGAAUGGCUGAAAAUAAGAAUUGGGAGUUUGAUUGCCCUCAGUUCUUUGAUUUUUGUAAUGGAGUUGAAGAAAAUACCGUAAAUAUACAAAGUUUAGGUGGAGAUUCACCUGCUUUGGAAGACAAAUUUAAUUUUAGAUCAAAAAAUAUUAUGAAAAAUAGAUCUGCAGCAUGGAAUAACAAACUGAGUACCCCAGUUACAUUUGUUAAUAUAAACCACCGUCAAACUAAUAUAACAGAUUCUGAAAAACUUCAUGAAACAAAAAAACGUUUGUCAAAAAGUGAAGGAUCUGUAAAUAUUUUAGGAGUGUGCAAUAAAGUUUUUAAAAAAGAUGGCUCAUGCUACCCCAGCAUUAUUCAUAAAAGAAGUCUCUCUGAUGGUAAUUUGAGACCAAAGAAGAAAUUUCCUGCGACUCCAAAAAAAAUUCCGGCUACUCCAAUGUGCUUGAAGAGAACGAUGAUGAAAGACAAAGCUAAAAAGAUAAAAACUACUGAAGAAUUGGAGCUUGAAAAAAUUGCGGAACUUCAGAGUUUGACCUUAAAGCACUUGCGUUUGAAUGAAAUGAAUAUGAAGAAGCUGAAACUAAAACCAAAACCCCCCACAGUUCCAAAAAUAGCUGCUUUGAAAGGUGAGAAAAAGGAAAAGUCUGCACCAAUGAAGAAAUUUCAGAAGGAUCUUGAAGAAGUUAUAGAGAGAUUGAAUUCUAAUACAAAUGCAAGAUUUGCAGUUCCAAAUCCUGCAAAACGUGCAGAAAGACUGGGAGCAGUAUCAAGUAUAUCUGAUGUAGAACUUAUUAGUUCUACUCAUACUUUACAGCCAUCUGUUUCUGGUCUACUGAAUGAAGUUCAAAUGGCUGUUGAUGAAAAGAAAAUCAUGAAUGAGCUUAGCUUCAUGAAAGAUCCGGGUCAUUCUGGAUUGCUAUUUCAUAAGAAGAAUUCAAAGAAAGCAGCUCUUAAACCCUUUAAUUUCCAUGAUAGAGUAAAUGAUUCUGGACUAGAAAUUCUUUCAAAAAGUAGUAUAAACAAAGAAAAUGUGCAGGUGACCAAAGUUCAAUUUUCACACUCUUUCCACACAUCUCAUCUCAGAAAUCGAAAUAAUAAAGAAAAUUUUUGUAUGAAAAUGGCUCCAAAAAGUGAUGCGGGCAUCAGAAAAAAAACCUUUAAAUUUUGAUGAUUCUUUAUCUGACCAGUAUUAAUGCAAAUUGGAAAUAAGGACUUUCAACAUAUGCAUCAUUUUUAUUUGGUAGCAUUUGAUAUUUUAUCAAUCUUUUAUUGUGUGCUUGUAAUAUUUGUAUUUCAAAUAUAUUUUUUCUCAUUUUGUAGAAAUGUUUUUAUGAAAGG